UCCUUUGCUCCACUUCAUUUUCGCCACCUUUUUCAUAUUUCACCACUUACCUCUUUUAUUCAUUCCAAGCCUUCAUUUAUUGCCUUUCUUUUCCUUUCCUUCUUUUUUUUUUGCCUUACACAUUUUUCAUUAUUGUUUCCAUACCGUGACCACGGGUGAAAGAGAGCUCAACACAAAAAAACAUGGCUGCAAAUGAUUCCACAGAGAGCCAAGCACAAAAAAACAUGGCUGCAAAUAAGCCUGAGGAUGCCUCCACACUCAAUAAACGAAAAAGAGAAAACCAACACCCACAACGAAAAAAGCGCGCCAUCCCACUGCUGCUGCAGCUGAACUGCGUUGUUGAGGGAGAAGCAACGUCGUUCCCAGUAGAGAUUUUCUGCGAUAAAUCGGUCGGUGAACUCAAGCAAGCCAUCAAGGUAGCGAAGAAGCCAGAACUUGAUCAUGUUGCCGCAGAUAAGCUAACUCUCUACAAAGUCUCCAUUCCUGACGAAGACAAGACUGUUGUUGAGUCAGAAAUUGUGUCGAAAGAGACUCUCGUAUCCGCGUCAAUGGAGCUUUGGGAGAUAUUUACUUCUGAACUUCCAAGGAAAACGAUCCAUGUUUUUGUCAAGCCACCGCAGCGAGGUAUGUAUUAGCUCUUGAUGGACUGAUGAUAUUUCAAUUGAUGAAGCUAUCUCAUCACGGUCACGUGUAUCUCUCCCUUUUUUAUGUUGUUGAGAUGAAUCUCGGCAACACUAUUUAACUGGGGGCGACUUUGGAUUUCA